AUGAGCCCCUAUGAAAUCGGUCUCAUCAGCCGCCUCUCAAGCAGCGCGUGUGACACCUCCGCGCGGCCUCCGCACGCCACCGCGCAAUUGCCCGACGGCCACAUUCCGCGCCAGCCGCCCAACGCCUCUCAGAGCGCGGAAUUACGCGCUGCGCCGAGCGCAAGCGCCACGGAGGCAGUGGUGGUGUGCCGCGCGGGCGAGCCGUUCACCUUGGUGGCGCAAGCGAGCUUCCGAGCGCCGUUCCGCGUGGAGAUGCGCGUCGCGGGGCAAUUGCUCGGGUACACGCAGUAUUUCUACUCGCCCGGGGAGAUUAAUCUCCACUGGUUCCAGGGCUGGCAUCUGGGGCAGGGCCGAUUCGCGCCAUUCACUUGCGACCCGGCGCUGCCGCGGGAUGCGGACGCGGAGUUGGAGGCUCGCUUAAAUUGCUCCGCGGGAACUGCGCAGCUCAAAGUGUCGCCGAGAAAGUCGCGAGGACACUGGCUGCAGAGCCGUGCACUGGGUGUGAAAGAAUCCGCCGCUAGUCUAGGGAGCCGGCGGAAGGCGGCAGGUGGGACGCGCGUGUUGCCGACCGGCGGGAGGUGCGGAAUAGCAGGCGCACAUGGCGGAGACGCGGGGAAGAGAAGUGGGCGCAGGCAUGCGGUGGCCAGCGCGUGGUGGUGCUGCUCCGGCGCGCACUCCCCGGCGCUGAGGAUGACUGCACUGACGACAGCCGCGCGGGGAGGAAUUGAACGGCGGGGAAAGCUGCACUGGCAAGGAGGACAGAGAGCGCCGCAGCCGCAGCAGCAGCAGCAGUGGCGGGGGAAUGAGAAGCAGGGGAAUGAAAAGCAGGGGAAUGGGGAGCAGGCGGCAGGGGAGGUGGUUCGGGCGGAGCAAGAAUGGGGGGAGCUCGACGGGUGCGGGUGGAGGGACGAGCGGGCUGGGUUGCCUAUUCCAUCCGCCCUCGCUCUCUCCUUCGACCCGUGUUCCAACGCGCCCGACACCAGCAGCAACGACGGCACCGACUCCCUUUCAUCGCCCCCUUCAUCGCCCCCCUCCUCGCCUUUCCAUCCUCGCCACGCGUCCACUGGUGCUGCAGAGCGAGCGGAGGCGGACGGGGAAUUGGGUGCAGUGGGUGGUGAAUGCAGCGCAGGCGAGAAGCAGGCAGGUGCGGCCUGCAGGCUGCAGUGUUUGCCGGCCUCCUUCUCCCACCCGUGCGCCCUGUCGCCGCUGACUCAACCCGCAUUACACUUGCACGCUCUGCAUGACGCUGCUGCUGCCUCACACGGCAGCACGGAUGACGAGGAUGGCGACAAGAGCUCCUUCGCCCCUCAUGAGGACGCGGCGAGAAGCAGCGACUCGGGCAGCAACCUCCCACCCGUCCUCCCAUCAGACGUGCCUGCUGCACCCCCUCCAGCCAGCCCGGUGGUGGUGGAUUUCCGAGUGGACGUGCUCUUUCAGUCCAUCCGCCUGCUGCCCUGCACCGCCCGCCCUCCCCAUGUCACCGCUGCUGGCCCCCCCACCACCACUGCCCAGUGCGAGUACUGUGAGAAGCGCCUCAGGUGGUACCUGGGGGAGGGGGGCUCCGGCCAGGCUGCACCUGCAGCUGUUGAAGGGGCGGGUGGGGCGCGUGGGGAGGAGACGGGUGGGGCAGGUGGAGUGGGGGCUGCUGGGGGAGGUGGUGGUGGGGGAGGUGGGAUGUCAGCUCUGGAUGUACCUGGUCCGGUGCCGUUUCACUAUGAGGACUUGGACGAGCAGGCCUACCGAAUUUACUGCGCUGACAUUGCCAGAUGGCUUCCCGAGGGGGGCGCGCGUGGGGGCGGGGCAGUCGCCGGCAAGAAGCAGAGGCGGGUGGCGGAAGCGGUAGCUUCAGCGGAGGGCGCCAUCCGCGGGGAAGGGCGGAGGCGCAGAGAGGGCCCAGCAACCGACCACUUCGAAGCAUCCCUUCGUUACUAUCACACUGCCCUCUCCUCCCCCGCCCUCUCCCCCGCUGCCCGCCUCUCCGUUUUGUUUGACAUGGGGGAGGUGUAUCUGGGGCUCGGGGAUGCGCAGCUAGCAGACGGGAAACGGGCGGCAGGGGGGCCAAUGACUGCUGACUCGUGCCGACUCGCAUUCGAGGCAUUCGACGAGAUCUGUCGUGCUGGCCCCACCCUUCGCUCUGCUGACUCAGCAGGGGGUGCCCUGUCAGCCACUGACGUCAGCAGCGGAGGAGGCGGGAGAGGAGGCAGAGGGAGGGGAGGGGGGGAGGGUGGCGGGGACGCUGACGUGGCGGAGAUGGUCCAAGGGGCGGCAGUGAAUGCGGCCAAUGCGCUGGUGGCAUGGGCAGAGGCGGUGGGGGAGGUGGAGGAGGGUGGGGAGGAGGAGGUCAAGGAAGAGGAGCGCGGGGAAGGAGCAUGCGAGGGUGUGGCGGUGGAUGGGGGGGAGCAGCAGCAGGCGCAGGCACGGCAUGAGCAGGAGCAGGCGGAGCAAGGUGGGGUGAGAGCAGUGAGGGUGGUGCAGCUGCUGCGUGAGGCAGCAGUGCAGUACGAUGCAGCAGCAGGCGCGGCACCAAAUGACACGGACCUGCUCUCCAACCUCGGGGACUGCGCUGUCAAGACUGCUGAGCUCAUGUGUCCAGAGCGGCCAGUGGGCGAGCGCGCGGUGACGGCAUGGGGGGGGGCGUGGGGGCAGUACGAGAGGGGCAUGGGGGCGUACGGUGCAGCGUGCUCGCUGUGUGAUGCGCGGGUGGGGGACGACAUGCCAGGGCUGCUGCACAACUGGGGCGUGGGACUGCUGUCCGCCGCUCAGCGCUGCCCUGAACCUGACCAGGAGGUUCGGCUUCUGACGGAAGCUGCGGAGAAGCUUCAAAGGGCAGCCGAUUUCCAGCCCACAGAUAUCGCCUCUCGUCUGGCUCUGGGGGAGGUGUUAUCUGCGCAAGGGGAGGUGCUAUCUGCACGGAGGGCCCAAUCAGCAUCCUCAUCCAGCAGCCUACAGGAGGCCCUGCACCUCCUCUCCCUCUCUCUCUCCCGCGGGUUCUCUGCCGCCCUGCGAAUCGACUCUCGCCAUCCAGAAGCGCUCCUGGGGGCGGCAGAUGUGCACCUGUCUGCCGCCCGGCUGCUUAUGGGGUGGACGGCGGGCAGGGAGAGGGGCGGCGGUGGUGGCCGCAGGGAGGGUGGUGGAGAAGGCAUGGGUGGUGGGGAUGAGGUGGCAGCAUCACUGCCUCAAGAGGCGGUGGACCACUUGCAGCAUGCCAUGUCAGCGUACCGUGCUGCCAUGGUGGCAAUGAAAGCUACGGAUGUCAUGUCAUAUGCAGAUCAAUGCGGUGUGCUUUACAACAUGGCGUGUGCUGCUGCGCUGGCAGGGCUGCUUGCUGAGUCAGCAGACAUUCUUGCCAGGCUGGCCGUGAUUGGUUGGCUCUCCAAGGGAGAUUUGCUGAGUGACGAAGAUUUUAGACUUCUCAGGCAGUCCCCGGUGUACACAGGCUUGCUGUCUGAAUUAACGAUGCAAGAAUCAUUGUGA